CGGUGAGGAGCAAGCAGAGGGACCUCCGAGACAGGUUAUGUCACCGGCAGAGGCUGCCCUGAAGCUCCCUGUGGCCCGGAGACUAUGUAUAAGAGGAAUGGUCUGAUGGCUAGCGUGUUGGUCACCUCCGCCACUCCACAGGGCAGCAGCAGCUCAGACUCUCUGGAGGGCCAGAGCUGCGACUAUGCCAGCAAGAGUUAUGACGCCGUUGUCUUCGAUGUCCUGAAGGUGACUCCAGAGGAGUUUGCUAGCCAGAUCACAUUAAUGGAUAUCCCCGUGUUUAAAGCCAUCCAGCCGGAGGAGCUAGCCAGCUGUGGAUGGAGUAAGAAGGAGAAACACAGCCUCGCCCCCAACGUCGUGGCCUUUACCCGGAGGUUUAACCAGGUCAGUUUUUGGGUUGUACGAGAAAUUCUAACAGCACAGACUUUAAAAAUAAGGGCCGAAAUCCUGAGCCAUUUUGUGAAAAUAGCCAAGAAACUUCUAGAGCUCAACAACCUGCAUUCUCUCAUGUCUGUGGUGUCCGCAUUACAGAGCGCUCCCAUCUUCAGGCUGACCAAGACCUGGGCUCUUUUGAACCGAAAAGACAAGACCACCUUUGAGAAACUGGACUACCUGAUGUCUAAAGAAGAUAAUUACAAGCGGACCCGGGAAUAUAUCCGAAGCCUGAAGAUGGUUCCCAGCAUUCCCUAUCUAGGGAUCUACCUUCUGGACUUAAUCUACAUUGAUUCUGCAUACCCUGCCUCAGGCAGCAUCAUGGAAAACGAACAAAGAUCCAAUCAGAUGAACAACAUUCUCCGAAUCAUUGCUGAUUUACAAGUUUCCUGCAGCUACGAUCACCUCACAACCCUGCCCCACGUGCAGAAGUACCUGAAGUCUGUCCGCUACAUUGAGGAGCUCCAGAAGUUUGUGGAAGACGACAACUACAAACUGUCGCUCCGAAUUGAACCAGGAAGCAGCUCUCCAAGACUGGUCUCAUCCAAGGAAGAUCUCGCAGGCCCCUCCACUGGCUCCAGCUCUGCAAGGUUCAGCCGGAGACCCACCUGUCCCGAUGCGUCUGUGGCUGGCAGCCUCCCCACACCUCCUGUCCCCAGACACAGGAAAAGUCACAGCCUUGGCAACAAUAUGAUGUGUCAGUUGAGUGUAGUUGAGAGUAAAAGUGCGACAUUCCCAUCGGAGAAAGCGAGGCACCUGCUGGACGACAGCGUCCUAGAGUCCCGCAGCCCCCGCAGGGGCCUCACCCUCACCUCCUCCUCUGCUGUCAGCAAUGGACUCUCCCUAGGCAGUAGUGAGAGCUCAGAGUUUAGUGAAGAGAUGUCUUCAGGGCUGGAAAGCAGGGGCCGUCUCUAUGCCACGCUGGGGCCUAACUGGCGGGUUCCGGUUCGGAAUUCUCCCAGAACCCGGAGCUGCGUCUACAGCCCCACCGGCCCGUGCAUCUGUACUCUGGGGAACUCGGCGGCCGUGCCCACCAUGGAGGGGCCUCUGAGAAGAAAAACCCUGCUCAAGGAGGGACGGAAGCCCGCGCUAUCCUCGUGGACCAGGUACUGGGUCAUACUCUCAGGGUCCACCCUCCUGUACUAUGGCGCCAAGUCGUUGCGGGGCACAGAUCGAAAACACUAUAAAUCCACACCUGGCAAAAAGGUCUCCAUCGUGGGCUGGAUGGUGCAGCUGCCUGACGACCCGGAGCACCCGGACAUCUUCCAGCUGAAUAACCCUGACAAAGGCAACGUCUACAAGUUCCAGACCGGCUCCCGAUUUCACGCGAUACUGUGGCACAAGCAUUUGGAUGACGCGUGUAAAAGCAGCAGGCCUCAGGCAUCAAGCGAAAUGCUCCACCCGCAGGAACUGGCCGAGCCCUCCCAGCGCCCCUGUGAGGUUCCUGCAAACCUUAUGUCAUUUGAAUGAGUCUCUGCAGGACGUGGCGUGACUUCAGAGGCUUCUGGGAGCCAGGGCUGGGACUGGUGGAGAAGAGCAGCCCUGAGCACAAGUGGUGGCCAGGGUGCUGGAAGACUCACAGCCGGACUCCCGGGGAUGCAGCCUGGAGCUCACAGUCCCAGAGGGCUCCCCCAGGGUGGGAUCUACCUGUCAACGCCCCCGGCGACUCUCACCACGCUCAUUCUGCAGCCCUCCCUUGCAAGGCAGCGGUCGGACCCCAAACUGCACACUCCCACUCGCUCUCUGGGCCGUCGUUCGUCCACCAGCUGCUUCUGCGACUAGAGAGAGCAUUUGACCCACGUGGUCCUCAGUGCUUUCACUGCACAAGGAGUGGACAGCGCUCCCCUGCGAGAGGGGCCAGAGGGAAGGAAGAGGCUGUGGAACAGGCUUUUUAUACCCCAAGUGCAUGGGGUUGCUCGCCCACAGAACUGCCUCCGAUUUUGUACAACCCUGAAGCGUCCUCUGCGUGUGCGUGGCGUACGUGUGUGUGUGCGAGCGAGUGUGAACUCUCUGAGAAACAUGCAUUUUGGCACAAGACUUGUGACAUCACACAGUCCAUUCGCUCUGAGGCCUCGCGUUUACCUUCAGUUAUAGCCUUGCCGCCGAGGAAGGCCACCGUCCCCCUGUGCUAAGGGUCCCUUGCAUUCUUUUACUGUAAACAAACAAUGCCUUAAAUUGUGUCUUGUUUUCUGUUCCUAUGGGUGCUAUUCAUCUGCAAGGCCUGCUCUCUGGGCCCUGUCCCUUCUAGGCCUUGUUGCUGUCAGCCCUCUGAGACAGGACCUGGCUUCAAGACUGUGGACUGGGCUGCUGGCCUGCCUGCUUCCUCCCAUGCUCUCUCCUGGCAGGGCCUAAGGCCCUUCUCUCACCCCCACCACCAUGCCAAAUGGGAAGUUGUGACGUUUUCUCCAAGCUCUCUUCGAAGCAGCUCGGAGGCCACCGUGCUCACAGUGAUCGGCUGCACAGAAGCCACUCUGCACCAACCUGUUACCGCUGGGCCAGGCUUUUGCUCCCGUCACCUCUCCCUUUGCCUCCACUGCCAGGGCGGGGCCCACCAGGAUUCCUGAUCACACCGGGGAGCUGAGUGACAGACACUGAGGCCUUAAGCUCCACAGUCUUGCCCCCAAUGAGGCCACCAGCAAGUUCUCCAUCAUCCCAGUCCAAGGGUGCAGUCGUUGAUGGCCAUGUGACAAGAGAUCAAAGCCCCAGGGGGUGAACGGGCCAGCUCCGGCAUUCAGCUAAGAGCUCUUCACACGAACAACGUCCUUUGUCAUAUUUAAAAGUGACUUUUAUUUUGCACAAACACAUUCUUAUUCAAAAUAAUGACUUACUCUUUAUCACCAUCAUGUCCCCCCCAAAACACACACACACACCUCUCUAAUCUCGUUUCUGGAUUCUGAAAAUGAAUCCCUUAAACAGUUUUUCUGAGAGACCAUUUCUGGGUCCUUGUCACUACUGUGAUUUCAGAAUUCACACUAAUUGGACAUCAAACUACCCUUUCUGGGCAAGAUGCUUCAACACUGCAUCAAAACUAGUAAACUGGAAUAGCUCGAUUUUAAAAUUGCCAAAGAACCCCCCCACUGUAUUUUGAUCAAAUAGUGACAGCUUCUCCAAAAAGUCAAAUGAGUUGGUGAGGAAAGCAGUUGUCCUCAGGGUCUAAUUUUGUGUCUGAGGUGUAUUGUACUCAGCAACUGACUCUCCUCCAGGUGAAGAGUAGGAUGCUUUCACGCCAAGAGAAACCGCAGGUGCAGAGUUGGUGUCACUCAUCCUUGACCACAGGUGCUUUGCACACCCACCCAUCGCCAGGUCUGGAUGUGUGCACCUAAUUCUACCAGCAACCCCUCCAGUUAGCAUCGACGGGUUGAAUGACAACACCAACCACUCAAGACACCUCUGACCAGAACCAGGCAGUGUUAGCAUUUUAACCCACAGAGAAUCUGAUUCUACCUGCCAACUUCUAGAAAGUCUUAAUUUGGGUGAAAGUGCAAGACUGAUGUUUCCUUUUCCUUAGAUUUCCUCACUCUUCAAACAUGUGCAGUAUUACAGAUGCCAAGUCAAAAUCCCAGAAUUCAAGCUCUGCUAAAUCUAGUAAUUUCCUUCCCUUACGAAUGUUUCCUUUUUUUAGAGAGAGAGAUUUUUGCUAUAGGGCAUUUGUGCUCACCAGAGAGAUAGAGCGAGACAGAG